AUGGGCAACUACCUGUGCGCAUUUUUCCGCACUCUUUGGAGCUGCUUUCAAAAAUUUAUGGACAAUUUUGUGGGAAUUUUUCGAUCAUUGUGGAAUUGGAUAACGAAAAGGAAGAGGGAACGACGGGUCACAGAUGAGACACUGGAUAAGUCUGCUAUAGAGGCCCAGGAAAGCUUUAUGACAACACCUGUAACUGGACGGGGUGUCCAAACACCACCGUUGGUUGAAAGCGAUAAGCUAGAAGAUUCGAGGGCUGUGCAAAGCGUUUCUCCACUGAUAAUUUCACCCCCCGCUGCUGUUCCGCAGAAGGAGGCAAGGCUUAGCGAAGUGGAAAUCAAUGCUGGAAAAGAAUUGAUUAGAAAGAAGGAUCUAGAGGAGAUCGAUGAGAUCAUGAAAGCCUUUAGACGCAAUGAUGUGGCCUGGAUGAACCGCAAACUCGAGGAUUUGAAGCGGAACAAGAAGAGGACGACGCAAACUCGGAAUUCGUCUAUGCGAACCCUGAUUACGAAUGGGUGGACGAGUUUGAGGGGAAUCCUCCUCCUCAAACUAAAUCACUGCGUUUGCGUAAGCAGAAAGGGAAGUAGCGAAGUAACGAAUGAAAUUACUCGUCGUUACACUCAUAACACCCCAUCGUUCUUAAAUGCGUCCACUGGCACACCGCUAUCUCAGAAUGUGAACUCCUUACUGUACAAGGAAGUGGGGUUACGUCCCAUGAAUCCAGCAUACUACAAGAUCGCUUACGAUUGCGGCAGUGAUGAAGAACCAACUACUUCACAGAACAGUCCCAGUGCCCACCAAAAUCCGGGAAAUUCUAGUAUAAAGAAGAGGAUUGCAAACAGAAGGAAAGCAAAGGGAGGAAGAUCACAUAGGCGUGGACAUAGACAUUAG